UUUUCUGUUUAUACAGUGUCGUUUCUGUAUUCCAUCUCCCAGAUAUUCUAGCCAAAUUGAUGAAUUAGGAAGCAUUGAUCGUGCCAUGGUUGUGGAAACCAUCAAAGAGGAUUUCCAAAGAUCGUAUUUCGUUACAGGAAAUCUCACACUCAAUGCAUACGAGGAGGAUUGUGAAUUUGCCGAUCCAGCUGGUUCAUUUCGAGGACUUGCACGUUUCAAGAGAAACUGUACAAAUUUCGGAUUACUUAUUGAGAAGUCGAAUAUGAAUCUUACAAAGUGGGAAGAUUUUGAGGACAAGGGAAUUGGGCAUUGGCGUUUUAGCUGUAUCAUGUCAUUUCCUUGGAGGCCUAUUCUCUCUGCUACUGGGUAUACAGAGUACUAUUUUGAUGCACAAUCUGGAAGAGUAUGCAGGCAUGUAGAACACUGGAAUGUUCCCAAAAUGGCACUUCUAAAGCAGCUUCUAAAACCCAGCCAGGGAUCUUGGUUUGGUAAAAGAAACUCCUCAUGAAGAAUACAUGAACCUUUUCACUAGGAAAAAUAUGUAUGCAUUUAAUGAAAAUCGUAGUAAGGAUUGUGAAGGUUAGUGAGAGUUUUGGAUUGCUUUUGAGUGUUCAGAUGCAUGGUAACUAGUGAUAUUAACAACUUCCAAUCUUGAUGUAUGUAAUUGGUCGCAACACCUGCUAGCUAAAUCUGAAAAAAAGAAAACUGUUCAUAUCAUAAUCCACGUUUCAUGAGAUAGCUGAGUUUAAUUAUCUUCGGUUUUUUGUCA